AUGCGGGGUCGUAUGGUUUCCGCCAACCCCGUUGAAGGGGAGCGAUACUACUUUCGCCUAAUUUUAUUGCAUAUUAGUGGGCCUACAUGUUUUCAAGAUCUCUACACAAUCAACAAUGUACAACACCCAACAUUUCAGAAAGCAACUCUUGAAAGAGGAUUAAUAGAGUCUGAUGAUGGUUUAUCACAAUGUCUUACAGAGGUAUCUUUAUUUCAAGCUCUUAUUGCUCUUAGAAUGAUGUUUGCAACGAUAUUGAAUUUUUGUGAGCCAGGAGAUGUUUGUAGGUUAUGGGAUGACCACUACAAUGCUCUUUCGGAAGAUUAUAGGCAACAAUAUGGAAGUAUUGAGAGAGUCCAAAAUAUGGUCCUCAUCAACAUCAAGAUAUUCCUACAAUCUAUGAAUGACAACAUUGAUUGUUUUGAUCUUCUAAAGAUAAAUGAAAAUGUCGAUUUAGAAUCUGGAGUUUUUCGUGAGGUACAAGAGGAAUGCUCUAUUAUUUUAGAAUUAGAACAUUUACAAGCCCGGGAUUUUCUCAAUCCUGAACAAAAAUUUGCGUAUGAUGAGAUAAUGCGGCAUGUCCAUAGUAAUAUUCCAGGAGUUUUCUUCAUAGACGGUCCCGAUGAAUCAGGAAAAACAUUUUUGUACAAAGAUUUACUUGCUGAUAUUCGUUCGUGUGGUUAUAUUGCACUGGCGACCGCUUCAUCGAGUGUUGCGGCUAAUAACAUGCCUGGGGGAAUAGCAACUCACUAUCGCUUUAAACUUCCUAUUAAUCUGGAAAAUAACUCGGUCUGCAAGAUUUCAAGACAAAGUGGCAUUGCUCAACUGCUUCGGACUGCAAAAGUAAUCACAUGGGAUGAAGCGUCGAUGACUAAAAGACAUGCGUUGGAGGCGGUUGACCGAACAAUGAAAGAUAUCACUGGGGUGAUGCUCCCAUUUGGUGGAAAGAUAAUGGUUUUGGGAAGUGAUUUCAGACAAGUUUUGUCUAUCGUUAGACGUGGAACACAAGCACAGAUUGUGGAUUCUAGCAUACAAAUGUCGCCUCUUUGGUCUUCGAUUAUCAAGUUGCGGUUAACUAUAAAUAUACGAGUACUAACCGAUCCAUGGUUCUUAGACUUUUUUUAA